CAAUUCUUCAUAGAGCAGCUAGGUUAGGGAGGUUAUACAAUACAAUUCUUCAUAGAGCAGCCAGAUACGGACAUCAUGAAGUAGUAUCAUCCCUGUUGGAGAACGGAGCUGACCCAAACCUGACAAAUAAGUUCGGGAUGACCGCACUCCAUCACGCUGCGGUAAACGGAGAUCCACUGGUUAUACAGGCUUUAAUAAAAGGAGGUUGUGAUGUAAACCAAGCGGAUGAUGCAGGAAGACUUCCUCUCCACUGGACUGCAACUAAGGGGCAUGUGGAGGGGGCACGAGAAUUAAUAAAAGGUGGAGCACUACCAGCAGGAGCAGAUAAGGAGGGGUUUACACCCCUACAUAGAUGUGGACAGGAUGAACCUGAGGAGAGGAAGGAUGAGGAGGAGGAUGAGAAGGAGAGAAGGAAGAAAGAGCAGGAGCGGAGUAAAGCUCAGAUAGCUGAGCAACUGCUCCAACUUGGAGCGAAGGCUGGAGCUAAGGAGCUGAAAGGAGAACAGACUCCGCUCCAUCUAGCGGCUAUGAACGGGAUGGAGCAGGUUGGAGAAGUUCUGAUCCAACAUGGCGCUGAUAUAAAUAGUACAAAUAAGAUCGGACAAACUCCACUUAUAUACGCCUGCAUAGAACAGCAUAUAGGCAUGGCGAGAAUGCUUCUGAAGAAUGGAGCAAACCCUAUGCUUGCUAACCCCUUACACUGGGACUGGACACCGUUACACUGGGCAGCUCUUUCCGACAACCCAGAGCUAGUCAAGGUUAUUAUUGAAGGCGGAGGGCGGAGUGUGGCGGAUAGAACAGGACGAACUCCGGCUGGUUUGGCGGAUGAACAUGGGAAGAUGAAGGUUCAAGAGAUCCUGGAGAAAUUAGUUCAAUAGUUUCAUUAAUUAAUCUUAAUAUAUAUUCAUAUAUGCACAAUUUUGGAGGAAGGGUGGGGAUGGACAUCUCAACACCCCCCCCCCCUCUCCCACCAUCGCAAAAUUUGCACAAUUCACGCUUUAAAAAAAAUGCAACUUAUUAUAAAUAAAAAAUACUCAUGUA